UUCCCCCUCCUCCUGCUGCUUCCUGUCCCCCGAGCAAGAUGGCGGACGAAGCCACUCGCAAAGCUGUGUCCGAGAUCCCGCUGUUGAAAACCAACUCCGGGCCAAGAGACAAGGAGCUGUGGGUGCAGAGGCUCCGGGAGGAAUACCUGGCGCUGAUUCAAUACGUGGAGAACAACAAGAAGGCCGACAACGACUGGUUCAGACUGGAGUCCAACAAGGAGGGCACCAGGUGGUUCGGGAAAUGCUGGUACAUUCACGAUUUGCUGAAGUAUGAAUUUGACAUGGAGUUUGACAUUCCUGUCACUUAUCCCACCACAGCUCCGGAAGUGGCAAUCCCAGAGCUGGAUGGGAAGACAGCCAAAAUGUACAGGGGUGGGAAGAUUUGCCUGACGGACCACUUCAAGCCUCUUUGGGCCCGGAAUGUCCCUAAAUUCGGCCUGGCUCACCUGAUGGCCCUUGGGCUGGGGCCCUGGCUGGCUGUGGAGAUCCCUGACCUCAUUGCCAAGGGGCUCAUUCAGCACAAGGAACAGCAGAGCAGCUGAGUCAGUGGGGCUGCACCCUGCAGACACAGACAGAGGGAGAGCACCCCACUCCAGCACACCUUGUUUCUGCACCCCGUUUUUUGUUGUGAGCAAGAACUGCCCUCAAGGGCUUCACUGGAAUUCACCUCUGCCUGUUGUGGGGGGACAAAAUGAAUCUCAUGAGCGCACAGGAAGAAAAGACACUAGAGUUUCGCUCCGUCUCUGGCGUUCUGUAUCCAGAACUCUUCUACAUCAUAUUAAGGUUAUUGCUUGGUUGUUGAGAAAGGAAGAACUAACAUGCUACUUUAUCGGACCGAAUCAUUUACACUUCUUUUAGUAACUUAUAAACUGGCAUUCUGAAAGAUUUAUAUCGCAGCUGUAUUUAGCUGUGUAGUAAGAAACUGUAUUUUUUUUGUGAUGCUUCCUUGGGUGAACAAAAAGUUAACUUAGCACCUUGUUUGAAGUAUUAAGAAUUCGGGCCUGGGUGUUUAAAGACAUACUCACAGAAAAUGUCCCCUGAAAAGAAAUUUAAACUGUGCCUAAAUUACCAAAAUGGACCAGUGUUCUACCUUCAGACAAAAGACAAAAAAAAAAAACACUUGUGUCAAGUCUGUCUAGUUGUACAACAAGCCACUCAUCGUGGCUUUAAGAAAGCAGUUCCCAAGCCUUCAGGCGUGUGCUUGCUGCUCUGCUCUCUCUUACCUGGCAGGGCCCUUCUUUCUGAAGUGUCUCAAGAAGGUCAGAGCAGCACCAGCAAACAGAAACAGAACCAGCCUGGCUGCUUCUGUGUGGGGUGAGACAGUGCCGCCCUGCCAGCCUGAGGCUACUGUGGGUCCCAGAACUGGCACGAGGUUGUGGGGGGCAGGAGAGGGAGUGAGAGGAUGUAAAAACAAGAUGAGCUCAUUUCAUCACUCUCAAAUGAUGGAUGCACUUUUUUUAUUCUCUUUGGCUGUAAAAUAAAUAAAAGAUGAUUCACGUGCA